AUGCGGGAGGCGAAGCUUGAGCCCGACGUCAUCAGCCAGAGCGCUGGGAUCAGCGCGUGCGAGAAGGGCGGGCAGUGGCAGCGGGCUCUUGCGCUGCUGAGCGAGAUGUGGGAGGCGAAGCUGGAGCCCAACGUCAUCAGCUACAACGCUGGGAUCAGCGCGUGCGAGAAAGGCGAGCAAUGGCAGCGGGCGCUUGCGUUGCUGAGCGAGAUGUGGGAGGUGAGGCUGGAGCCCGACGUCAUCAGCUACAGCGCUGGGAUCAGCGCGUGCGAGAACGGCGAGCAGUGGCAGCGGGCGCUUGCGCUGCUGAGCCGAGAUGCGGGAGGCGAAGCCAGAGCCCAACGCAGCCAGCUACAGCCCUGCGAUCGUCGCCCUGCUCCGCAGAAGCGAUGUGACAGGCUGAUGAAGCCGCUUCAACGCUGGCAGCGGGCUCUGGCGCUGUUCAGCGAGAUGUUCGAGCCGAAGCUGGUGCCCGACGUCACCAGCUACAACGCUGGGUUCAGCACGUGCGCGCAGGACGAGCAGUGGCAGAAGGCCCUGGCGCGGCCGAGUGAGAUGCGGGAGGCGAGGCCACAGCCCGACGCAGCCAGCUACAGCCCUGCGAUCGUCGUUCUGCUGCGGAGAGACGAUACGACAGGCCAGUCAGCCACACCGCUGAGGAACAGCGCUCGAGUGAAAGGUGGUCAGUGGCUGCGGGCCCUGGCGUUGUUGGACGAGAUGUGGGAGCCGAUGUUGGAUUUCGGACGUUAUCCUAACUUUAGCGGUGUGAUCACUGGGUGCAAGAAAAGACGGGAAGUGGCGGCCAACGCAGACGCAGAGCCUUCCAAGACACCUCACUCCCCGACGCCAAGGUAG